AUGGCAGCGGAUCCUCUGGAUGAACUAUUACAAUUCUUGACGCCUGAAGCUCGUAUCGACUUAAGACACAUUGCUUUGGACCAUUUAGUGGGACUUUCCGGCACAGAAGAUGGAAUAACAACUUUGUUAUCUCACGACAAAGUAAUACAAAGUAUUAUCAAUUUAACGGACGAUAAAAUAGAAGAAGUGGCUAAAAACGCUCUACUAAUACUGGUAAACAUCACAGCCAAUCCCAGAGGCGUUAUAGAACUCCUUAAAUACAAAUCGGAUGAAAAUAAAAACAUCGUAAAAUUGUGUAUAGGUUAUGUUCUGAAUCCGGACAAAAAGGACGCAGAUGCGGCUGCAAUGAUACUUUCAAACAUAACUAGAGUCGAAACGGAACUAGACAGUGUUCUAGACACAUUUCUACCUCAUUUAAACGAUAUUUUAAACGCUUAUGUGAACAUAAACUUUAACAAAAAAGGUUCUAAUCUUAACUUCAUUGGACCGAUGAUUUCCAAUCUCUCCUGCUGUCAUAGUAUAAGGAAAUGGCUAACGGAAGAAAAUCCACACAUUCCAUUAAUAAAACUCCUACCGUUCUGUAGCUAUGAGCUCUCAAACAUAAGAAGAGGCGGAGCGAUGGGUACCAUACGAAAUUUAUCCUUUGAUCCUGAAUUUCAUGAGUUUUUACUUAGCAACGAUUUGGAGCUACUUACAUAUUUGUUAAACCCAAUAAUGGGGGGAGAAGAAUACAUUGACGAAGAAAUGGACUCAUUACCGAUAUCGUUACAAUACUUACCGAAAGAAAAACUACGGGAUAAUGACAUUGAUAUCCGUAAAAUGAUUCUGGAAACGCUAAACAAGCUUUGUAUGCGAAGGAAAGGACGGGAGUUCUUACGGGACAACGGAGUGUAUUAUGUUCUACGGGAAUAUCAUAAAUGGGAGACAGACCCCAAAGUAAGACUUGCGUGCGAGAACGUAGUCGACAUUUUGAUACAAAAAGAGGAUGAGGUCGGUGCUGAGGACUUGUCAGCAGUGGAAGUACCCGAUGACAUGAAGGAGAAGUUUGAAAAGAUGGACGAAGAUUAUAUACAGGAUAAAUAA